AUGGCUUCUAUCAUUCCAGUAACAAAGGAUCAAUAUAUCUUUAUAGCUAAAUCAUGUGUUCCUUUGAAUAUCAUUUCUCUCAUUUCUACUGUUAUCUCAUGUUUGGCAUUUGGCUUUAUACGAAUAUACUAUCCUAAUCUCGCUGAUCGGGUUUCAUUUCGUUUAAGUUUUGUCGCCUUAUUCUGUGAUAUAGGUUAUUCAGUUCAUGUUUUGAUUGGUUUGGUUUGGGAUAAUACUCCCGGUAUUUUUUGUGCAUAUACGUAUUAUUUUAUAAUUUCACUUACUUUUGCCCUUUUACUCUCUUUCCUUCCUGUUGCUGGUAAUAUGUAUGGUUAUGAUGAUCCCGAAGCAAGCUGUUGGUAUCGUGGUUCGGGUAAAGAAUAUAAUAUAAUAUGGCAAUGGCUUACUCUUUUCGGUUGGAUAGAUAUAUCCAUAUUGUAUUGUGCGAUCGUUGUUAUUAUGGUCGUUAUAAAACUCAGUUCUGUAAACGAAAAUGUUGUUGAUAAUUUAGAUUCUCCGACUUCUCGGUUAUCUGGUUCUCCCACCUUAAUUAAUAAAUCUGUGAUUACUUCUGUUGUCAGAAGGGUUGUGUGGUAUCCUGUGGUGCCAUUGGUAGCUCAAAUUUGUAACUCUUUCCUUGAAACUUAUGCUUAUGUUAAUCGUGUAAUAUCUUAUCCUCUACUUUUACUUUGCACUAUUGGCAUGUCAAUUCAAGGAUUACUGAAUGCUUUAAUAUUUUCCCAAGAUAUUGCAGUUACUCGUGCUUUCCAAGCUGUUAAACUACAUUGGUGGAUCAACAAUGUUAACUCUUAUGAAUAUCACUAUCCUCAUCUAUCCCACAACAAAUCCAUUACCGAUGAAAUUAGCACGCUAGGAAAUUCCAAUACUUUUAUUAAACUGAAGACUCUAAAUCGCAAUAAGAUCGAUACUUGUGCUGGAAAUAAGACUAAUAUCUCUUCUGCCCUCUUUAGAAAGGACGAUCCAAAGCAGGAUAUAACUCUUGGAAAUCAGAAUAAUGAUCAAGAUAUUAAUUUGGUUCCUCCUGAACCUGUUCAUUUAAAAGAUUCUUCCUCAUUAGAUUUAUUAUCUCAUUGUGCGAAUCCAUCAACUUCAUCUGAUCCCUUUAUAGGUAGUUCUAAUAGUAAUAAAAUGGAUCAAACUAAUAAUAUAAGUGAUAUAAAUAAUACACACCUUUCACAUAAUUUUGCCACAAAUUUAAUAUAUAUAUCAAAUCGUACGGUUGGUGAUGAUAUGGGACAGGCCAAAGUUGAGCUUGUUAAUGGUGAACACACUAUAAGUAUAUCGAGAGAAUUUACAGAUGGAUUUAGUUCAGAUGUCGAUAUAUCUCAAGAUAUAUCUCAAGAAAACAGAUUAUGUAAUCUGAUAAAAAGAUUGUAA